AGAGUUGCCAGGAGCGCAUUGCUGUCAGGUGCCUCACGUGCUUGCAUCAGCUGUGGGUGAAGAGCGGCAAGGUGGUUCAAUGCAGGGGUGCUGAUGCUAAAGUUUCGCAAAGGUGAUUGUGGCGCUCUGAUGGGGUACUUGAUCAGCGCUGAGGUUCCAAAGAGCAAGCAGCAGAAACAGAUUGUGUGCCUACAUUGCGUGCACAAACUACUUGGCGUGGUGACGGAGAGCACUGAUGGGUUGUCGAUCAUGUUAAGCAGCAGGAAGGAUGGCGGACAGGACACGGCCGUCUUGCGGCGUGAGACUCGAAGAAGUCCUUGGAGCCAGACCCUCGAGCUCACCGACGAUGUGCUAAGCUUCCUCUGUCAGCAAAAUGUGAGCACAAUGCCAGGGCAGAAGCCAGUCGCCACGGCGGCGUCUCAGAUCGGCAAGAGAGGCAUGGCGAAAGGGGUGCCGCCAAGGGCGAGAGGCGCUGCGGAAGAAACGAGCACCGAGGGGGCGGCGCUGGGCAUCAAGGACCAGGCGGUGCGCUAUCUCGGGAUAAUGACGUCUCCCGACGAAUCCGUUCGCGUCUAUCUGCCAACCGAGUCGGCAUCCCCUCCGCUUAGGCUCUACAUGAGUGCUUGGGAUCACAACGGAGAGGGCCGACCAAAGAAGCUGGGGAAGCCGGACAAGACGCACGCGCUGCCGGAGAUUGUUUGGUGGGACACGCUCGGCGAGCUCUGCUGCUCGUGCGACCGGGGGCGGCUGAUGGAGGACGCGCCGUGCGUGCACAAGCUGGCAAUGGCGGCCCUCAGCGAAAGCCAGGCCUUGACGGCGGAUCUGCCUACCCACGAGUCGCUCGGCAGAGGAGCGAGGGUUGAGCGGGUUGGACACAACCAGCCUUGGGGCAAACUGGGCCGGCCACGCUGA